AUGAGCGGAGUUAGCAGAGAUGCUCCAGUCGGAAUUCAAUGUUUACAAAAAUUAAGCUCAUGGUUAUGUCCUCGGUUUCAAAUAAAUAGAUUAAGAUGGUAUCAAGCGAGUGUGCUUAUUCUCACAUACUUUACGUACAUGACAUAUCACUUGACGAGGAAACCCAUAUCAGUGGUGAAGAGUGUCCUCCACCAAAACUGCAGCACUCUAGUCCCACCCCCCGGGAUAAGACCUGGAGAUGAUCAGUGGUGCAAUUGGGCACCUUUUAAUACGAAAGAUGCGAACACAUUGUUGGGCACUCUGGAUUCGGCCUUCCUCUUCUCCUACGCGGGGGCCAUGUUUGUUUCUGGUAUGAUAGCAGAGAGAGUAGAUUUGAGGUAUUUCUUAUCACUAGGUAUGUUAGUGUCGGCCAUCUUUUGCUACCUGUUCGGACUUGGCAGGACGUUGGAUGUACACGAUAUAUCGUAUUAUUUGUUAGUUCAGGCUGGCGCAGGCAUUGCCCAGACCACAGGUUGGCCCGGCACUGUGGCCAUCGUUGGCAAAUGGUUUGGAAAUGCCAAGAAAGGACUUAUAUUUGGACUGUGGAAUUCACACACUUCCCUCGGAAAUAUUUUAGGGACAGUGAUGGCGGCGGAAUACGUAGAGCACGAUUGGUCUCUAUCGUUUGUUUACCCGGCGCUAGUGAUGGGUAUAGUCGGUAUGUUCGUCUUCCUGUUCCUAGUCCCGGACCCCAGGAACGUUGGCGUGACUGUGGAUAGACCGUCUAGCCGCCAGUCGCAUAGAUCUGAUGAUGAAGAAGAAACAGCUCAAAUCAUAGUUGGGGAUCAGGCUGCGAGCUUGCGACCCUCGCGCCACUCGGCUAACUCACCGCCGUACCAACAGGAAGAUGUAACAGAAGAGACGGCCUUGUUGUCGCGUCGUUCCUCUCGCUCUAACGGUAGUGCUGUGUCGCUCUCGCGCGCGUUGGCUAUACCGGGAGUGAUUGAGUUUUCAUUAUCGCUGUUCUUCGCGAAACUAGUCAGUUACACGUUUUUGUACUGGCUCCCUUUGUAUAUAAAUUCAUCAACAAACCUGACGCCCAAGCAGUCGGGCGAGCUGAGCACGGCGUUCGACGUGGGCGGCGUGGCGGGCGCGGCGCUGGCGGGGCUGCUGGCGGACUGCGCCGGCGCGCCCGCCCUCGUGUGCGCCGUGUUCUACGCCGUGUGCGCGCCCACUCUCCUAGCAUACCAGACGUGGGGAGCGAUGUCGUACACUCUCAACGUAGCGUUGCUGAUAGUGGCCGGCGUGCUGGUGAAUGGACCUUACGCUCUCAUCACUACUGCGGUUAGCGCUGAAUUAGGUACGCACAGUAGCUUAGCCGGGGAUUCCCACGCGCUGGCCACAGUGACCGCCAUCAUAGACGGCACUGGCAGUAUAGGCGCAGCGGUGGGCCCGAUGGUGGCGGGCGUGGUCUCGAGCGCCGGCAGCUGGUCCUACGUGUUCUACAUGUUGAUAUCUUGCGAUGUCAUAGCGUUGCUGCUGUUGCUGAGGAUAGCAAAAUCGGAAAUAGCCAAAAUAAGGCAGGAGCGGCGCCUCGCCUCGCCCCGGCUCGUGCGUAUUGAG